AUGGACUACGCCAACAUGGCUCAAGUCUACAUGCAUCACGCCAACCUAGACCAUGCCAAUAUGGAGCAUGCCAACAUCGAGCAGGUCAACGUCGAGCCCACCAACAUGGAGCCAAUCACCGACAUCAAGAAUGAUAAUCCUAACCCUACUAAACUUGACGGUGAACCUCAGCUUCGCGAGAUGUGGGCAGUAAGUUCACCAUCACGAUGUGAUCACCAGAGUCAGCUGCUAACCUUCUGCAAGGCCAACCAGAACUCCGAACUGAACCUCCUGGGUGCCCUGAACGCUUGUCAAUCGACUUUCGACAACACCACAUUUUGGGAACGCGACAACAGAAACGGUUAUCACAACUUCCAGAUAAACGACGCUCAAGCCUGCUUCGUCGCUCGUCAAAACAGCAUCAACAACAUCAACGCCAACAACAAGAUGUACACCGGCAUGGAAGACUUCUACGCCGAGCAGCAAAAGGCCUACAGCAAGCUUUGUGCCUACAAUCUGAAGAAGUACAGCAAGGAGACGAUCAGAGGUACCAACCGUCAGAAGGCUGCUCGUGGCGGUGCUGCUACCCGCAAGGCCAACAAGGCUAAGCGCCAUGAGGAGAUGGUCAUAGGAAUUGGCGAGGAAAUCAUCGCUCUCAGAGACUACUCUGGCGUCCUGGAUGAGAAGUACAAGAAGCGCUUCGACAUGGUUGUCAAGCGGGUCCUCGCUGCCACAAAGGUCAACAUGACUCCUAAGAUCUUCGCUAUGGUCAGUGAGGCUGCUCUUGAUACCAAGACUGAGUGA